CCUGAAUUAGAGUGGUUUAGUUUGUUCAGAAUUCACGACUUUUUCUACUUCUCUCAAACAUAUGCACCCCACGUUCGAUAGCUAUACAAACAGAAAAUCAAACUGCCCUCAUCUGCACUGUUGCUAAUUAACUCUCUUUAUUCAUCAUCCAACACUCUAAAUUUAACCCCAAAAGAAAACAUUUUCAUUUCCCAUCUCUCUUUCUUCGAUUGGGAGAAGGACUACUCUAUCUCUCUCACUUUCUCCUGCUUUCUCCCACACAACAACACAUUGAUAUUCUUGUUGUUUGUAUCCCAAGAAAGAGGAUUUAAUCAAGUAUUUCAUUAGCUUUUGUGUUUCUUUCCCUGUUUCUGAUUCAAAAUGGUCCGAGCUUUUGCUACUCAAAAAACAAUGCAGAAGACGAAAUCUUUCCAAUUGAAACGGAUGUUCGAGUUCCAAGCUGGGAGAAAUCUACCGGGUUUGAUCUUCGACCACGAUGUGAAUGAGGAUGAACAAUUAUUAAGUCCUGCUGCAGAAGAGCCCCCAUUGGAGAUCAAGCACCAAACUAAAUCACUUGAAGCCGAAAAGAUACCAAGUCCUAAAUGGUUGCCUUCAGAUAUGGAAUUGAUGAAGGAAAGGUUUUCGAAGCUGCUUUUGGGUGAAGACAUGUCAGGUGGUGGAAAGGGUGUCUCUUCAGCCUUGGCUUUAUCAAAUGCCAUAACAAAUCUAGCAGCAUCCGUUUUUGGAGAAACAAGAAAACUAGAGCCCAUGUCUCCUGAUAGGAAAGCAAGAUGGGUGAAAGAGAUUGGCUGGCUUCUGUCCGUGACUGAUCACAUUGUGGAAUUUGUCCCUUCACAACAAAAUGGAACAAACAUGGAGAUAAUGAUGACUCAACAAAGGAAGGAUCUGCACAUUAACAUUCCUGCCCUACGCAAGCUCGACGCCAUGCUCCUUGGCCACCUGGAGAGUUUUGCAAACCCAAGUGAGUUCUGGUAUGUGAAAAGAGAUGCCCAAGAUGAUGAGAAAGGUAGCAAACCAGAGAGAAAUGAUGAAAAAUGGUGGUUACCAACUGUCAAAGUCCCAUCAGAAGGUUUAUCGGAUGAGUGUCGAAAAUGGCUGCAGUUUCAGAAGGAUUCUGUCAACCAAGUACUAAAAGCAGCAAUGGCAAUCAAUGCUCAAGUACUAUCAGAAAUGGAUGUACCUGAGAACUAUAUUGAAUCCCUUCCCAAGAAUGGUAGAGCUAGCUUGGGUGAUACAAUCUACAAGAGCAUAACAGAGGAGCACUUUGACCCUCUAGAAUUCCUAACGAGCAUGGACUUGUCCUCAGAGCACAAAGUGGUAGACCUGAAAGACAGGAUCGAGGCCUCCAUUGUGAUUUGGAAGAGGAAGAUGAACCUCAAGGAUGGAAAGUCUUCAUGGAGUUCUGGGGUGAGUUUCGAGAAGAGGGAACGAUUUGAAGAGAGAGUAGAGACCGUCUUACUCCUAAUCAAACAGAAGUUCCCAGGAAUUCCCCAAUCUGCACUUGACAUAAGUAAAAUUCAAUACAAUAAGGAUGUAGGGUAUGCUAUCCUGGAGAGCUAUUCAAGGGUAAUAGAAAGCUUGGCUUUCAAUGUCAGGUCGAUGAUAGAUGAUGUCCUUUAUGCUGAUAAAAAGACGCGAACGGAGAAAUCAAACAGGAGGCUUUCAGUGGAUUCAUAUGCCUCAGAAGAUCCUGACAGGUUGAGUUGUACAGGGACACCGAGUUCAAAGACAUUGUUUGAGUUCAUGGGAUGGAAUCAACUAGAGGAGACCGAUGUGGAUAAGAAUAACAAGGAGAGCUAUUAUAAAGAAGACAGUGACAAGAUUAUGAGCAAACCACCACUUGCUGUAAGCACGAAGAGGUUUUCCUAUUUAGAAAAGCUCGAGAAGUUGAGUGGUCUAAGAAGUCCAACAGCUCGCCAUUGAUUUAAGGAACAUGGAAGAGUUGAUCAAUAUAUAUAAGGACAAGGAGAGAGAGGGCAGAUAGACAUAGAGAAAGGCAGAUACUUGGUUGCUAGGAUACUACUUGUUAGUAUUUCUAUGUAUAGUUCUCUUCCUUCCAACUGAGGAUAGUGAAGUCGGAGUGUGAAAUAUGACUAGGUGAAGUCCGAGUGAAAUUUGACUAGUGCAUUGGUUUAAUGCUUCUUUCUGAGUUUAUUGGCUUGUAAAAACAGUAAGGUAUUUGUUCAAGUUUUUCUCAAA